CCCGGGCCGGGCAUGAGGGACGGCGGGGGGGCCGCGCCCAGCACCGGCACCCGACGGCACCCGGGCACCGGCGGGGCUCCUCCUCGCUCUCUGCUAUGGACAGUGCCAUCACCCUGUGGCAGUUCCUCCUCCAGCUGCUCCAAGAGCCCCAGAACAAGAAUAUCAUCUGCUGGACCUCCAACGACGGGGAAUUCAAGCUGCUGCAGGCAGAGGAGGUGGCCAGGCUCUGGGGGAUCCGCAAGAACAAGCCCAGCAUGAACUAUGAUAAACUCAGCCGGGCGCUGCGCUACUACUACGUGAAGAACAUCAUAAAGAAGGUGAAUGGGAAGAAGUUCGUGUACAAAUUCGUGUCGUACCCGGAGAUCCUGAACAUGGAUCCGCUCGUGGUGGGCCGGAUCGAGGGAGACCCCGAAGCGCCCGGCUUCGGGGAGGCGCCCAGCGCUGCCAAGGACGCGGAGAACUGCGGCAAGGAGAAAUCCCAGCCCUGCGCUAAAUCCUCCAGCCGCAACGACUACAUCCACUCAGGCCUGUACUCCUCCUUCACCCUCAACUCCCUCAACUCCUCCAGCGUGAAGCUCUUCAGGUCCAUCAAGAUCGAGAACCCGGCCGAGAAGCUGGCGGAGAAGAAACCUCAGGAGCCCACCCCUUCCGUCAUCAAGUUCGUCACCGUGCCCUCCAAAAAGCCGCCCUCUGCCCCGCUGGUCUCCACCGCUGCGGCCGUGGCCGUCACUUCCACGGCUCCCGCCACCCCCGCCGCGUCCUCCUCGCUUCCCCUGGGCUCCGAGGAGACCCUGCAGAGCCUGGAGACGCUCGUGCUGCCCAAGCUGCCCGUCCCCGAGGCUCCCCCGGCGCCUCUGCCGAACCUGAGCGCCGGCUUCGCCCCGACCCCGCCCUUGCCCUCGGUUUCUCCCUCCCUCCAGGUGCCCCCCACGCCCCCCUCGCCGCCCCUGAGCUCCAACCCCGACCUGGACAUUGACACGGACAUCGAAUCCGUGGCUUCCCAGCAGCUGGAGCAGGCCCAGAGCCUCCAGCACCAAUCCCCAGAGCCCAAAGAGCAGCAGGAUUCAGCUGUGCUGGAGAAGGAAUUUGCCAAUCACCUCUCCAGAUCGAAAAAGCCCAAAGGGCUGGAGUUGGCUCCCACUCUGGUCAUCACAGGCAGCGAUCCGAGUCCUCUGGGCAUCCUGAGUCCCUCUCUCCCAACUGCUUCUCUUACUCCAGCACUUUUCUCUCAGACUCCCAUCCUGCUGACUCCCAGCCCUCUGCUCUCCAGCAUCCACUUCUGGAGCACCCUGAGCCCGGUGGCUCCGCUCAGCCCCGCCCGGCUGCAAGGUGCCAACACCCUCUUCCAGUUUCCAUCAGUGCUGAACAGUCACGGCCCAUUUACGCUGUCUGGACUGGAUGGACCCUCCACCCCCGGCCCCUUUUCCCCGGAUCUCCAGAAGACAUAGCACAUGGAAUUCCUGCAAAAGGACACAGUGGCAAGCGAGGCAAAGAUAGGACACUUCUCUUGAGCCACCUUUUUUGUUCUUAAAAAACGAGCGGUUUGUAAUUCCACAGAGAUCCUCGACAGUCGCGGUUGUCGCCGUUCCCGAAACAAAAACAAAAAAAAAAGCCUUUUUUGUUUUGCAAAAAUUCCCCCUUUUUUUGGAAGAACCCAGGUUGGGAAUGUAUAUGCAAACGCCUUAAUAGGAGCUGCAGCUCCAGUCUCUUCUCCUCCUCGGUUUGGAAGAUUUUUUUUUUUCCCCCACCCCCGUGUCCAAAAGGAAUUUUGGGGUGGCGUUGCAGCAACCAGAGACUGAACUGCAGCAAACAGCACCAGAGGAGGCUUUUCUCUGUGACUCUUGGGAAAAACAAAACAAACCAAGCCCUCUGUCGUGCUUCCUGUGCUCAGCGAGGAGAGCCCUGAAUCCUGACGGAAGCUGGCAUUCCAGGAAAUGCUUGGGAAUGGGGUGUGCGCUCUCCGCUCCGCUCCGCCCCGGGGGCACCAGGACUUUUGUGCAGCAGCGAAAGCAGCCGGGGUUUUUGUUUUUCUGCUGCCAGUUGUCUUUUCUUUCUUUUCUUUCUUUUCUUUCUUUCUUUUCUUUUUUUUUUUUUUUUUUGGAGGGAGAAAUUUUUUUUUCAAGGAUUUAUUCCAAGUUUUUGCGUUCAGGACAGUUCUGUGGGAUUGGGUGGCGUGGCCCCAGAGGUGGGGCUGGAUUCUGGAUGUUUCCGUGGCCUCCUUCCCUUCCCGUGGACGGUGGGAUGAGCUCCUUUCACUUCUCACAGAGUUUCAAUGCUGGAGUCCAAACAUUUCUUGUGCCAGAGACCUGUUCCAGAGCCUGGGACCUCCCUGCUGGAUCAGCAGGAUGGGGGGAUUUUCCCUGAGUUUUGGAGGGAUUUUCCCUGAGUUUUGGAGGGAUUUUCCCUGAGUUUUGGAGGGAUUUUCCCUGAGUUUUGGGGGGAUUUUCCCUGAGUUUUGGAGGGAUUUUCCCUGAGUUUUGGGGGGAUUUUCCCUGAGUUUUGGAGGGAUUUUCCCUGAGUUUUGGGGGGAUUUUCCCUGAGUUUUGGAGGGAUUUUCCCUGAGUUUUGGGGGGAUUUUCCCUGAGUUUUGGAGGGAUUUUCCCUGAGUUUUGGGUUGAUUUUCCCUGAGUUUUGGGUUGAUUUUCCCUGAGUUUUGGGGAGAUUUUCCUUGCAGUUUUGGAGGGAUUUUCCCUGAGUUUUGGGGGGAUUUUCCCUGAGUUUUGGGGGGAGGUUGCUGCCUGACCUGGAAUCCCAGACCCCAGCGGGGUGAGAACGGCAACAUCCCAGCAUUAAUGUUGCUCCUCUUUCCUCACAGUUCUGGAAAAGCUUCCUGCUUUUCCCCACGUGGACAAGCUCCUCUUUUGCCAGCUCUUACCCCAGGUUUUGCCAUGGAGCUGUUGUUCUCUGGUUUUUUCGGAGGGAGCACCGACCCCAAACCAGGGGUAAACCUGCUUUCACCUCCGUGGUGUCCUGGGUGAGCAAUGCAGGAUUGUUUUCCAGAGCCAUGGAGAGGAGGUGGCAUUCCUGGGCGGAUUUUUACACCUCAGGAGGCUUUCUGAGAAGAGCCAGGGGUGAAGCAAUGAGAGCUUUCCUCUCUCAGCCCCUCGGCCUGGGCGUGUUGGGCUGUGGGUCUGUGUCCUUCCAUUUGGGCAUCUGAUGUCAGGCAGCAGCCUCUGGGUUUGAGGUGGGGGCGUCAGGGCAUCUUCUCCAUAAGAUAUUCCCAGAAAACAGGCGGAGACGACUCUUUCCUUCAGCGUCCUCCGAGCUGCCACGAGCAGAGGAAGGUUUUUCCCUCUCCAGCACGAGGAGCUGACAGUGUUUGCUGUAAAUACUGCACCUAUUCCAUGCAUCAGUGGUGAACUCGAGCUUUUCCAGAGUUCUCUCUCUUUUUUUUUUUUUUGUCCCUUUUGCCACUUUUGCAGGCUUGGAAUUCCCCUUUAAAGCCGCAACACCCAGGACUUUCCUUUUCCUGCAGUGAUGUUCCCUUUCUGUGACACGGAAAAAAACCACUUUUGCGUGUUCCUGCCGCGACACCUGGGACAGGUGGGUGGAACAGAGUCGCUUUUUUUUUUGGGCAUUGUUCACCUGCCCAGGGGAAAAGUGGGAGAAAAAAAAAAAAAAAUAUUCCUUUUUUCAUGUGGAGAAGCAGGGAGUGAGCUCAUGGAGUGACCUGUCUUCCUGUUGGCUCCUGUCAGAGGCAAAAAAUGCUUCACAUUUAGACAUCAGCAGAUGCAGGAGGAAAUUCCUGCGCCAGCAGCUCUUAAAAUGUGCAAUAUUGACAUUUUUUCCUUUUUUUUUUUUUUUUUUUUUAGUUUAAUUUUUAUUUUUGAAACGCAGAAGCGAAGCUGCAGGUGAUCAUGAAGAGCAGGCAUCUGGAAAUUUUUUUUUUUUUUUUUUUUCUUUUUUUGGUCUGCACGUUUGGAGCCUGCUCUGGGAAAUUUCUAUGGCUAUGUGUAAAUAGCAGCACUUUGGUUGGUUCAGGUUGGCCAAUUUUACGCCUACCAAACACGUGGACUUUUGAGAGAGCAACAUUUUGCAGGCUGGGAUUUGAAUUGAAAAUUCACGGAUGAGCACUAACAACUUGCAAUUUGAUUGCUUCCCUUUCCCCCUUGUUCCCCUGUGGAGAAAAAGCCAAGUUUAGCUGUUGAAAAUUUGUGCACUUAAUUCUUUGUGAGCUUUGAUCGCUUUGGGGUCAGGCCCAAAAAAAAAAAAAAAAAAAAAAAAAAAAAAAAAGCUGUUUCUGAGCUCCUGCUCCUCUCCAAGAAGCUUCCCAAGAUUGCUGUGGCACAGAGUUCCAGGUUUUCCUUUGGGAGCCCCUGUGGAGGAGCAGCCUGGAGGGGAUGGGUUCCACCAGGUAAAAUCCAGCAGGCAGAGCGGGAUCGGGAUCGGGAUCGCUUUGGCUUCUGGAGGAAAAAAAAAAUCUGAGUAAAGCAGCUGGGAAAGCUGCUGGGAGAAGGAGAGGAGGUGGGAGAGGAGCAGCUUUCUGCUGCCUUUUCUCCACUGCGAUUUUCAGGUCACUGAAGGGAAUAUUUCCUUGUUCUCGUGCUGCCUCAUCAGCCACAUCCACUGCCAGGGAGCUGCCGGCUUUUCCUGGGGUCACAUUCCUGCCAGAGCCCCGCGGGGCUCAGUUCUGUGAACUGCUGGUUCUUUAGGUCACUUCAGGAGCUCUUCGUGCAGCUCCUCACAACUCCUUUGUAAUUUAGCCCAGGGCAGGUGGGGUUAGAGUAGAUUCUGUUUUAGUUCUGUACCGUGGUGAUUAAAAAAAAAAAAAAAACACAACUAAAUAAAAAUAAUGCAGCGUUACAGAAGCAUUUUUUUCCUUAGGUUCCUGUUGCUGGAGCAGCCUUGGUUUUGUGGAAUGCUUGGCAGUUUUUGCAUCAGUUCGUUCCUGGCUGUCUUGGGUUCCGUGGAAGGUCAGAGCAAAAGAGUUUGGUGGGAGAGGAACAAGGGCCCAACGUCCUGGAGAUGGGGACAGAAUCCCUGCUUCCAUGGAGCCCAAGGCACUGGGUUUGGGGAGCUGAACUCGUGUCUUGCUUCUGGGAAUCUCUUUUUAUUUUCCAUGGGGGGCUGCUGCUGCUGCCUGGCUCUGUUUGGGAUCCUGGAUUUUCAGGGUUCCUGGCCAGGAGCAGCCCGUGGAAGCAGAAAAUUCCCCCAUGGUUGUGGAACCGUUGGUGUUCUGUCCUUCCUGGGAAGGUGAUCCUGGUAAAAAGAGGGUGAUGGAGGAAUUUUGGGGUUUUCCAGCAGCAGCUUUAGGUUUAGGGCUUUGUUUCAGAGCUGUCCUCAGCAGGGGAUGCGAGUCCUGUGCUCUGGUUUUGGCACAGCCAAGCCCUGCUGUGCGAUAGCUCAGGAAGGGAUCAAAUUCCUGCCGUUGGACAAUUCCUUGGUGUCCCUUGGAGCAUCCCAAGGCUUCAGUACCUGUGCAGUCUCUGGGAUAAUGGAGUGGUGUGUGGGACAGGAAGGCUUUGGCUGGGAUAAUUUCUCCCUCUGGUGCAUUUUCGAACCUCAGCUGUCUCACAGAUAGAUUGUUCUGGGUUUCUGAUGUUCGUUUGGAGGGCAGUGACGCUGCUGAGGUGCAGAUCUCCCUUCCCCAGCGUCCCCCAGGGAUUCCCUGGGGAUUCCAGCUGGGAUGGGAGUGAAGGGCCCUGAUCCCCUCCUGGAGCUGAGAUCAGGAGCUGCAGCUCUGCCCCUCUCGUCUCCCACGGUUUAUUCAUUUAUCUCCUCGUUUCCUUUCUUUGCUCCUGUUUUAUGGCGGUUUUUGAUGUGCUCUGCAGUUUAACCUCUGCCAUUUUUAAGGCAGAUUUGUCUCCAGUCCAUCUCAGUGUUGUAUCAAGAGGCUCUCUUGGUAUUGUCAGCUCUGGAAAUCGACCUCAGCAGGUUGGGUCAGGGAAUGUUGUUAAAACCCACGGAUGUUUAGAAAAUUUUGGGGUUUGGGUGACCCUUUUGGUGUGCUUCCUCCCUCAGCUCCGUGUGAGGAAUAGAAUCUGGACCUGGAAGGGUUGAAAUGGAGAAAAAGAGACCUUUUGGCCUCUGGGGUGGUGGGGUGGGGUUGUUUUGGUUUAAAAAUCAGAGUGGGGUGUUGCAAGCAGCUCCUGAGGGUCUCCCACGUGGCAGAGGAGCCCCAAAUCCAGGAGGAUUCACUCAGGAGCUCUCCGGGAUGUUUGGUGAAGCUUGUGCUGCCCAAACAGAGGCGUUUUUGGUUUGAUUUGGGGUUAAUGAAGCAGCAGUUAGCAGUGGCGUGCUUUGAGUUGGGUGUGAGCAGAUCCAGGGGAGCGGGACAGGCGGGAGCUGCUGGAGCCGGAGCUGGCGGGGGAAGAUUUUGGGAUAAAAUGCAGGGACAGUUCUGUGCAGCUCUCCAGGGUGUCCCUUUGCUUAUUCCCCUCUGGUUUUAGAGCUGAGAAGCUGAUUUGGAAUAAUAAAGCUGGAGGGGGAAUAAAGGGAAGAAUUCUAGGGAAGCACAGCAGGUUGUGUCCCCUGAAGGAGAUCAGGGCAGCUGGAAUGAAUCUGGGGGUGAAUCCUUCCCCAGCAGGAGUUCUGGGAGCCCAGAAUCCCGGGAAUCAGCGCACAUCCAGCAGCAGCUGCUCCAGCUUCCCUGGGCUGGGCGGUUUUUUGUGUCUUGGAGGGAUUGAAAUCAAUUGAGAUCAGUUUUUAGCUCUCCAUCCAGCCGUGGUGCCGUGUGUCCUGUUCAUCCCUGAGGCAUUUUUGGGCCCGGAAUUCCACCGGGAGCAAGAGGUGCUGACUGGGGAGGGGAGAGGUGGCUCUGGACAGAGAGAAAUCCCUGGAAAUGAAACCAAAUCUUCCUCCAGAGCCUGAUUUUGGUCAGGAGGGCGAAAGAGAGGAGCCACGAGGGCGGUGCUGCCCAUUCCUGUCGGGAUUCCCUGAUGGACUCACUGCCUUCUCCAGCAGAGAGGUGAAAUCUGGGCUUUGGUGUCAGUGGAUCCCAAACUGAGGGAUUUUAUUCCUGCCUUUAUGCCAGGAACGGGCAGGGAUCAGGAGAAUGUGUUCCCUGCAGAUUGUUUUUCUGUCUGACCACAGGUGGGCAGGGCCCUGUUUCUCCCUGGAUAUUCCAGUAUUUCCCUGCUGGAGCAGCGAGUUGUCUGCUUCCUAUAAAUUAUUUUGGAACAAAACCACCCUAAAGCUGGCGAGAGUUUGAAUUUUGUUUCCCCCUCCCAACGAAAGCAGCAGAUUUUGCUUGUGGAGCUCUUCCAGGCCCUGAUGAGAAGCACGCUCAGAGCUGAAAAUUUGUAUUUUUUUUUAGAUUCCUCCGUGUUUAAGCGUGGCUGGAACAGCUCUGCCUGGAGCACACGUGGGUCGUGCCUGGCAGGACGUGUUCCCAAAAAUCCACAUGAAUAUCCCAUCCUCCCUCCGAGCAGAUUCUGCACUCUGCAGUCGCCACUUUGAAAUAUUUUGCACUCCCUUGGGAGGUUUUUUUAGGGGGGCUUUUUCUUCUCUUUUAGCACUCAAGUCAAUCCUGCCCCAGCGUGGACUCGUGAGUUGCCGAAGUUGUUAUUUUUUGACGUUGUUGGAUGCCACAUCUCCUGAAACAAAACAAAAAGUGUCUUAAACGUGUUUUUGAGUGGCUUUGUGUGCAUGGAGCACAAGUUUGGGUUUGAUUUAGAAGGUUUCUCUGCUGAGGCUGUGCUGCAGGAGGUUUUCAUCUCAAAGCAGGGGUGGAACAGGAGAAUCCCGACCCUUUGGGGAAAAAAAGGAUCUGAAUGGAGGCAGUGAGGAGAGGCUGGAGGUGAUUCCAGAGCAGUUUCAGCAGUGCUGUACCAAUAACUGGAAGCUGUUGUUGUUUAUUUUGAUUUUUUCCUUUCCUUUGGGGUUAUUUUUGUGUUUUUUGGAGCACAGGAGGGCUCUGAGGGUGGCCUGUGCGUGGUUCCUGGAGUGUGCUGUGUGCUGGGGUUCCGAUAUUCCAAUCCCUGCUUUGCUCUGAGCUCCUUGGGAUGUGUUUUGGGGUUGGUUUUUUUUAUUAUUUUUAAUUUUUCCCUAGCAUGUCCUAACCCCUCAAGCUUUGAAACUGCUUCCUAGAAUUGUGUUGACUAUUUUUUUUUUUCUCUCUUGUUGCUGUUGUUGUUCUGCUGUUGUUCAGUUGCACAGAGGUUUUUCUAUAUAAAAAUAUACUUUUGAAACGUUUCAUUCUCUGUGAACAGGGUUGAGAUUUAUUGUUUGUAGCUUGGAAAAAGAUCCUAAAAAUUCCCUUUUCCGACUUGUUUUUGUAGCCUGUUGCAGUGUUACCAGAUGGCCUUAUGUACGUCACAGUGCUUUGUGAUGGGUACAGUAGCACAUUUAAAGCUUAUUCCCCUCUGGUUUUAGAGCUGAGAAGUUGAUUUGGAAUAAUAAAGCUGGGAAAAAAAAAAAAAAAAAAGGGAAAAAUUCCAGGGAAACGCAGCGGUCGUGUCCCCUGAAGGAGAUCAGGGCAGCUGGAAUGAAUCUGGGGGUGAAUCCUUCCCCAGCAGGAGUUCUGGGAGCCCAGAAUCCCGGGAAUCAGCACACAUCCAGCAGCAGCUGCUGCAGCUUCCCUGGGCUGGGCGGUUUUUUGUGUCUUGGGGGGAUUGAAAUCAGUUUAAAUCAAUUGAAAUCGGUUUUUAGCCGCCCCAGCUCCGGUCCAGCCGUGGUGCCGUGUGUCCUGGCCGCUCCUGCAGCGCACAUCCGUGUCGGGAAGCUGAUUUCGGGCUGGGUUCCUGGCUGGCAUUUUCAGGCUGAGCUGAGCUCUUGGCAGUUUGGGUUUUUUGGGGAGCUGGGAGCAGAUCCCUCCCUCCGGACCUCUGGGCUGGAGUUUCACCUUCCCGCUUUUACUUUGCUGGGGUUUUCAGAACAAAUCAGCAGUGGGAACUCCCCCCGAGAGCAGCAGAGGGGGAACAUUUGCAGUGGCUCUUUCCAGAACAGAGUUCUGCAUUUUUCUUUUCUCUCUAAAUAUAUAUAUAUACAUACAUAUAUAUAUAUAUAUAGUACAAAUUCAAGAGGCAAAGUUAUGUUGUAGCGAGUGUCUGAAACUUCCUACACUGGAGACUUUUUCUGGACAAGACAACUGUAAAAAUCACCCCUUGUUCCAGCUGGGUGAGCCUGCCUGGGACAGAAUUGCUUCUCAGUCUAACUUUUUUUUUUUUUUUUUUAAAUACCUUAUUAGAGUAUCUUAAUGCCAUUGUGUUUAAAAAAAAAUAAAAUAUAUAUAUAUAUAUAUAUUAAAAAAAAAAGCUGGUAUGUAAUGCAAGUACAUAAAUAGCCAAAGUUUUCAGUAAUUGUUCAGUGUUACUAAAUUUUGCUUUUAUUUAACCUUCCGAGAUAACAUUUAGGAAGACCUUCAGCGUGUAAAUCAUCCUGAGAAUUCUGAGCAACUGGAUUAGGGCAGGGAUGGAGUCGUUUGAGCACAUUUCAGGUUUGAAUGCAAUUGGGAAGCAAAGUGGGGGUUUUUUUAAGAUGCAAAACUUCCUUUGCACUGUCCUGACACUUCAAAGUGACAAAUGCUGCUUUGGCAGUGGCUCUUUGGGAAUUGGUAUUCAAACGUCAUGAAGGUCUUUCCUGAGAAAUCAGGUGACUUUUUUUCUAUUGCUUCGAUUUUUGUGCAAAAAAGGAGAAAAAAAAAAAAAAAGUAAUAAAAAUCAAUGUAUUGCAAUCUUUUUUUAAAAAAAAAAAAAUAAUGGGGUGGGAAUAGUUAAAGAAAACUAUUUUAUGUAAGAACUGACAGAGGGAUUUUGCUUUGUAUAAUGCAGGCUGGCUUUAAAAAAAAAAAGCAUUGUAGCAAAUUAUUCAAGUCAAUCAUAUGUUAAUAGUUAUGUGCAACCA